AUGGAGUUUUCAAAUGUUAAUCUUAUUGUGUUCUUGGUCCUAAUUUUUUUUAUUCUUAUCACUGAAUCACAAUCCGUGUACGGAGAAAAAUCACGCAUACUUAAAAGAGAAAAAGAAGAUUGGGAACUGGAGAAGCAACUAAAAAUUCUAAACAAAAAGCCAACCAAAACUAUCAAGACGGAAUUCGGAGACACGAUAGAUUGCAUCGACAUUUAUAAGCAACCUGCAUUUGAUCAUCCUUUGCUCAAAAAUCAUAAAAUACAAAUGGUUCCAAGUUCAAUUCCAGAAGAAACAACUCGUAAAAACAUCUCAUCAUCUAUUUAUCGCAGUUCAAAUAUUGAUAAUGGGUUCAGAAAUGAAAAAUGUCCACCGGGUACAGUACCGAUCCGUAGGACAAAAAAAGAAGAUUUAAUCAAUACCCAGAAGCUUCUACCUAAUACCAUUGCAUCCCAUCCAAACGCUUACACUCUCUCCCCUAUGAACAACCAUGUUAUUUCAAUCGUAGAAUUUAGUAAUACAAAAGCAUUUUUCGGAGCUACAGCUUAUAUGUCUGUACAUGAGCUUAAACUGGAUAAUAACCAGUUUAGCACCGCACAAAUUUGGAUAAAAAAUGGUCCGGAUGAAGAAGUAAAUAGCAUUGAAUUUGGCUGGAUGGUAUAUCCUGCACUCUUCGGUGAUAGCCGCACUCGACUAUUUGGUUAUUGGACGGCUGACAAUCAGAAAGAAACAGGUUGCUUUGACGUGCUUUGUCCUGGGUUUGUUCAAGUUGACAGUGACGUAUCUCUUGGUGCAAUUAUAGAACCAUUAUCAGUCUAUGGAAAAGAUGCAUGGGAACUGCCAGUGAAAGUAUACCGGGACCCACAAACUGGUAAUUGGUGGUUGAUCACUGACAAGACUAUAGGAUAUUGGCCAAAAGAAAUCUUUACACAUUUGGCAAACAAUGCUUCAAUCAUACGAUUUGGAGGGGUAGCAGGGGCACAACCUCAAAUGCCAGCUCCACCAAUGGGAAAUGGAUAUUUUCCUCAACUUCAAGAUUUUUUGAAGACAGCAUAUAUGAGGGAAAUGAAGUACAUUGAUGAAAAAGGACACUCUGUUAACCUAAACCCCUAUGGAGUACCAACCAAGCAUGAUAUUACGCAAGACUGUUACAAUAUUUUGUUUGCUGGUAAUAUUGGAUGGGACUAUGAGAUAACGAUGGCAUUUGGAGGACCUGGUGGUAUUUGUCCUUAAAACAUUAAUUAAUGCCACAUGAAUAAUAUCUAUUUGCGCGAUUUUGUUGUAUUGAAACAGUUUGGAUAUUUCAAGUGUUAGUUUUUGGAUAUACAAAUUUUCCUUG